GGACCACAGUUAAUUGUGGAUCCAAGUUUUGGAUCUAACUGUGAACUGUUUGCCAUGUUCACCUGUUUUUAUGCGCUCAUAAUAUUCAUUAUUGGAUUGGUACUUGAACUCUCCAACAUAUUAGAUGAUCAGCCAUCAAUGGUGUUCAGCAUAUUUAUGUACGGAGGUUCGGUGGCUUUUUUUCUUUACUGCCACGUUGUACUAAUGAAAUCUCGAAUCUCAAGAAAUAUGGUCAAUGGUAUACGACGAGCUACAAUAAACGAUGAAAAAUUGCAAUAUGAGGAUACUCAGUCAUAUCCAACGGGAAGUUUAUAUAUUCGACUUGGUUGCAUUGUAUUUGGCAUAUUUGGUGUUGUGAACUACGGUUUGAUCUUAACAGUUUGCAUCCUCGAAAAUCAAACCGGUGGAAAUAAUUGUAAUACUUGCACAAUAAUUUCUGUUUCACUCGCUAUCAUAUUUAUUUUCAUUCAAAUGCACUUUGUGUUUUGCAAUUCAAAAAUCAAAGUGUAUGGCUCAGUGAAAAUCGCAAGAUUAGGACUGAUGCACUUGGUCGCAACUAAUUUAUGGACAUGGAUACGUUAUAUACUCAUUGAAGAAAAGACAACAACAACUGAACUUGGUCAUGCAAAUUUCGGAAGUAAUUUAAUCAAAAUUCUUCAUGAAAUUGAGAAAAAAGACUAUAAAAUAAUAAAAUUUUUACUUUGUGUAUAUGUGUGCAUGUAUACGUGUGUGGUAGAAUAUGCGCUUAUCUGCGCUGGUAUGACAAUAGUAUUUUGGAUAAAUCUUGCAAAGGGAACGAACGAAUAUCGAAAGCAUAAAAGGCAUAAACCCGGUAUUAUUUCGGUGGAUUGUUCACGAACUUCGACGGGACUUUUCCUUGGUUUCGCUAUUAUAUCUUUUACACUAAUCUGUAUUGCAAUUUUUAAUACAUAUAUCUAUCACCAUGAAUCCGAAUUCCUCGCUAAUGCUAUUUUCUUUUCGGCUGAUGGCAUAGUUCUUUUAAGCUCACUUAUCGCUAUUAUUUUUGCAUUUUUUCGUUUAAAAGACCUAAAUUAUAAAAAGAAGAAAGCUGACAUUGAUGAAAGUAGUGAAUUACUUGAUCGAAUUUUGCUUGUUGUCGGUUUAGUUGGCCAACUAAUUUUCAGUAUAGGCGGAAUUAUAAGCCUAUUGAAUUCAAUGAAUUUCAAUUAUAUGAUUAUUGUACUCAUUGCUAUUCAAUUCUUGCGAUUUUUUCAAGUUGUUCUCCAAUCUGCAUUACUUCUUAUUGGCUCAAAAUUACAGGCAGCCUCGCCUGAAUCACAAUUUAAUAAGCCUGGAAAACAGGUGAUAACUUUCUUAUUGAUCUGUAAUAUAGCACUUUUCAUUAUGAAUACAUUCGAAGCACAAAAAGCAGGUGUAACUGAAAAUAUUGUUCGUUACUUUGGUAGCAAAGCGUGGGCCCUACUCGUACGCGGAUGCUCGCCAUUAACCAUAUUUUAUCGAUUCCAUUCAUCAGCAUGCUUCGCCGAAAUAUGGAAGCAUGCAUUUAAAUCUGCUUCAGGAGAAUUUUAA